CCUGUUCCUGGCCUCACAACCAGUACGAUCGCGUCUCCUAUCAUCAUCAAUGAGCAAUCCGUAAGAGGUCCAAAUGACAAUAGCAAAUUGAGCGGAGGAAGAAGCACGAACUCUCGAAGGAUCCGGUUAAGUCUUCGGAAUCCCCGCUCAGCAGCCAAGCGCUAAGAUUUGCCAAGUAGGUGCUCUUGUUUUUGGAACUAACAUGAGCCUCACUGGAUCAUCACUUGGUGCUGGUAAAAGAUCUCUUGGCAGAGCCUUCGAGUUUGGAAAAACCCACGUGGUCAGGCCUAAAGGCAAACACCAAGCCACUAUAGUUUGGCUACAUGGCCUUGGUGAUAAUGGCUCCAGUUGGUCUCAGCUAUUAGAGACUCUCCCACUUCCAAAUAUUAAAUGGAUCUGUCCAACAGCUCCGACUCAACCAAUAAGAGUAUUCGGUGGCUUUCCUUCAACUGCUUGGUUUGAUGUGGGAGACCUCUCAGAAGAUGCUCCUGAUGAUGUAGAAGGUUUGGAUGCUUCAGUUGCUCAUGUUGCAAAUUUGUUGUCAACAGAACCUCCUGACAUUAAACUUGGUGUUGGAGGAUUCAGCAUGGGAGCGGCUACCGCCCUUUACUCUGCAACAUGUUUCACUGUUGGAAAAUAUGGGAAUGGCAAUCCAUAUCCGGCCAACCUAAGUGCUGUAGUCGGUUUGAGUGGCUGGCUUCCCUGUGCAAAGACCCUGAGUAACAAAAUGCAAGCUGUGGCGGAAGCCAAAAGUCGUGCUCAAUCCUUGCCCAUUUUGCUGUGCCACGGAAAAGGUGAUGAGGUGGUUCUCUAUAAAUUUGGUGAGAAAUCAUCAACGGCCUUGGGUUCAGCUGGAUUCCAGGACGUAAAUUUUAAAUCCUAUACUGGGCUCGGGCACUACACGAUUCCGGAAGAGAUGGAUGAGGUAUGUGCUUGGCUAACUUCAAAAUUGGGUCUGGAAGGGAAAGCUGCAUAGAUGGUUUUUGAUGUCAAGUCAGCUAGGAAAAGCAGAAAGGAAAUGUGAAAGGAAGACCCCACAUUCUCUACCCAUUCUGAGAAUUUCUAGUUGGUCGAUUCAACAAUGGAAUAUGUAAACGUUUGGAUGCCCCCUUGACAGAAUCCUUCUUUUGAAACAAUUUUAUGAAUGUGCUGAAGGGAUGCUGCUGAAUGCUCUAAGUGUUUUUGCGGGUUAGACUUGUUUGCAUUGCUAUUUACAUUGUAUUUCUCCUCAUUGCACUUGAUUCCUUGAACUAAUGUCUAAAUUACGGAGCAGAACUACAAAAGUAUAAGCUUUAAAUUUUAA